UAAAAGAUCCAGUCAGGCUUUUAGCCUUUCUGCUAUGCUGUGCAACAAUGGCAACAGCGGGAAACGUAAGGGGAACAAGCACUGUAGAUGGCACCGCAAAAGCAACUGUUACUGAUCAGAUUUCUCAGGCCGUGCAGUCCACCUCCAAUCUCCUUCAUCUCAUGCAACAAUCCUCCCUUUCUCAGGCCCAACUGAUGAAGCUACCAAAAAACCUUUUGGCAAAAGCCUCUACUAUUAAGAAUACUGGGCAGUUGCUUGAGCAGAUGCCGCGAGUGAUUUCAUCACUGGAUGCACAUAUUGAAAGUGGACUACAGAGUGUUCCUCAUCUAGAAACUGUAAUCCAGUUACUGAAUCAUAUGGAAAGCUGUCAACUCAGUGCUCUAUCUCACCAGGAACCUGAAGAGAAUAAUCAACCACCUGGAACAAGUUGACUGACUGAAACUAUAACUCCACUUUGGUGGAUGUCUCAAGUUGCAGGGACCUCCUUUGUGUGGUGAUUUGUUGGGCAUCUGCAACACAUUUGUGAGGACACUCUUCAGAAGGGAAGAUCUAUCCUGUUCCACAAUCUCCAAAAGAUCUAUUCUUUUCAGUAAAGCUUUAGUACUACAAGUCUAAAGCUGAUAGUUUUCAUCAUCGAAGACCGAUGUUAAGGAGGAACUGAACAAUUGCAAUGUUCGGUAUAGUCUAGAGCUAUUUGCAGCUAGUUUCUCCUCUCUCUUGUUACCCUUUCUAAGAAUGAUGAAGCUCUAAUGCGAUUGUUGGUUUUUAAACA